UAAUAACAGAAAUCCCCAAAUGGCCCGGAUCAGAAGUCUCCGCCCCCCUGGAAUGUUCAGCCUUGGCACAGAAGUCUCCGCCCCCUGGAAUGUUCAGCCUUGGCACAGAAGUCUCCGCCCCCUGGAAUGUUCGGCCUUGGCACAGAUCUCCGCCCCCUGGAACGUUCGGCCCUUGGUACAGAAGUCUCCGCCCCCUGGAACGUUCGGCCUUGGCACAGAAGUCUCCGCCCCCUGGAACGUUCGGCCUUGGUGACACACACCCGGGUACAAUGGCAAUUAAAGGGUCAUUCCCCACAUCUGUGGCUUUUUAAAUUGCAAGUCGUGUCUGUGCGUA